UCAAGGUAAAGUGAAUUAACAGGACAAACUGUUUAUAAUGAUUCACUGAAUGGUUGUGAGAAGGGUAUAGGACUUAAAAUAGUACUGUUUACACAAAAUACAACCAGCUAGCUUAGCCUCAACAACAACAACACAAUUUACAAUGUUCUAACCUUCGCAGUACUUUGGCGUUUGUAAGAUGGAAAGUCUCUCCCGAGAACUGCUUUGUAGUGUAAUACGCCUUACUUUAAUCCCGUAGAGACUUGUUUAUGUAUGCACAUGUUGUAAGCUUUUAAAACAUAAUAGGCCUAUCAGCUGUAAUUUAGUUUAUGGAUAGGUAGACUUAUUCAUUUAAAUGUGAAUGAAUACAUGUAUGAUUAUAUUCAUUUUUCAAUGAUAUUCUAAUUUUGUUUAAACAGUUCGCCUAGAGCCAUGAAUUGCAAGAGAAAGAAACAAACUGUGGCUGAAGAUAUCAGUGAUGCAAAAACCAGAAAGGAGGACACUCGCCUUUAUUGUUUAUGUAAACAAUUAGAUGAUCCUGAUAGAUCCAUGAUCCAGUGUGAUUUUUGUGACGAAUGGUUCCAUCCUGCCUGUGUUGAUCUGGAAGAGGGUGAAGUUAAUGAUGUUGGAAGAUGGUACUGCCCACCAUGUACAGAUGUUAUGGCACAAAAUCCAUCACUGUCGCGUAAAGGUUUUCUUGGGUUUCAAGGGAGAGUAGCACCGAAAGAGGGAUGGGGAGAAGAAUUUUUGUUGGAGGACAUCGAUGAGUCUGUCAUUCAAGUAGAAACCAAAAGACAUCGUGUUGAAGGCUGGAACCUGUUUCGAGAAGGUCGUGUUACUGGACUGAGCAGCAAUAAAAACGGAAAUUAUGUAUAUUUCCGUAGUCAGUGUCAGGCAUCCAUGAGACAGCUGUCCUAUAAUGUGUUUAUCUGUUUCAAGGGCAGUCGAAGGCUUAAGUGGUCAACCUGUUCGUGCCCUGCUGGAAUCGAUGGCCAGUGUAAGCAUCUUGUGGCAACUUUGUAUUGUUUGAUAGAUCUGUACAGACUAGGGAUAAACAAAAUCCCAGAUGCUAAGACAUGCACACAAAAACUUCAAAUGUGGCAUGUCCGAAAACCUGUGACAGACGAACCACUGCUUUUUUCUGACAUAAACUUUGUUAAGCAUGACCCAGAGAGACCAGUAAAAGGGGACCUUGGUUGUAGUGUGAAGCAACAUAAUCCUGUACCUGAGUUUGCAAGCACUGUGACACAGGUAAAAAUUCAGAAACUUGUUAACUUAUAUGAUUCCAAUUGUAUUAAGUUACCAGUCAUAGACACCAUCAGGACCAAUCAAUGUAUUCCAGUGUUGCCUAAACAGCAAAUGGAUGGAAGCCUUCAUUCUGAACUUUUUGAAUUAAUGAAUGGAACAGAAUAUAACUUUAGUGUGGAUGAUUACACAACUAAAUUGACUGCAUCAGAGAAACAACACUACAGUUCCAUUGUGGAAGUAAAUAUUGAAACAUCUAGAUGUAUUGAAAAGAAAACUCGAUUACAGAGUAAGAGUAAGUUUUGGUUUGACCAGCGCCAACAUAGAAUAACGGCAUCCAACUUUGGGACUUUCUGUAGACUAAAAUCAUGUACUAAUCCAAUAACAACUUUCAAUAGAAAGCAGAAGUUUUUCACGUGCAGAAGUGUCCGCCAUGGUGUAGAUUAUGAGUCAGCUGCAUUUGCCAAGUAUAGUGAAGUCCAACCCUGUGAAAGUUGCUCAGCAGGUUUAAUAAUAAAUCCCAAAAUACCAUAUUUAGGUGUUAGUCCUGAUAAAAUUGUGCUUACCAACAGUGAAUUGAAACUUGUAGAAGUUAAGUGCCCUUACAGUGUGUUUCAAAAGAAGGUCAAAAUUUGUCAACAAAUUAAGGAAAAUAAUUUCUACUUAAAAUAUGUUGACGGAGAGGUGAAACUGACUCAUGAUUAUUUUUAUCAAAUUCAAGGUCAGCUUAAUAUUACUGGUGUAAAUAUUUGUGAUAUGGUGGUGUUUGUGCCUCCAGAUGAUAUUGUUAUUGUUUCCAUUAAAAAAGACAAACACUUUUUUGAAAACAAAAUGCUCCCAAAGCUAUCUGAUAUUUAUUUCCAUCAUUUGUUGCCUAGCUUUGUUGAUCGCCUCCAAUACACUCAUUUUUAG